UGUUGAAAAAAUACAACGAUUGUCGAUAAACGUAACUGUAGGCAGGAACGUUCCUAUCGUAGGGUUUCAUUGGAAAUCUUCAUUGUCUUAGCAAGAAUACUACUGAAGAAAUAGUUACCUCGAUAGUUUAACAAGAAAAUAAAUAAAAGUAGAGGACCUUAUGCUUGUAUUCUUUGUUUUUACAUGAGGGUCAGAAAACUUCGAUCUCUAAACAAGGCAAGAGUCUGUCUACACAACGCUACUGUAUCUGUAAUUUGUAAUGAAAAGACAAAAGGAGAGAAUGACAUAACUAGAAUACCCAUGUAGUAAGAGUAUUGCAGUAUUGGAAAGCCCAACAGUUCAGAAACCGCACAAAUAACGCGUUUAUUUAUCCUUAAAUCAUUUACGAGGGUGUCAGGCUGCUAGGAUUGCUGGCACCAGAUAGUUAGUAGAGCACCUGAGUAGAGAUUUUCGGGGGUCAGGUUCAAAUACCAGUUUGGUUUUUCAUUAUUUCUCCAUUCCUGUUACACAAACAAUUCUGAUGAUGUGGAACCUUAUUCAGUAUUGCAUUAACAUAUGACAUUUUGAUACUGUAAAAGUACCUAUAUAUUCAAAUAACUAGAUGAAAAAUAUUUCACACAAUCUUCGUCUUUCAUUAAUUAUCAUGAUCAUAGAUUAUCACACUUUGUGCCUUUAGCUUUUAUACUGGUAUGUAUCAAUUUGUCUAUUGUUUGGAACAGACUUUGCAAGGAAGUAUUCACUGAAUCUUAAUAAUAAGCCUUUGUCUAUGAAGUUCAAACAUGCCAAUCCUUAGAGGGUCACCAAGAAUUGACUCAACAAAAGUAAAUGAACAGUCUGAAGUUCAGGAUAGCAAGAGAGAAACAAGAUCUUCUAAAUCCCCAGCAGUAUGUGCAUCAUUACGAUUAAAGGAAUUCAAAUCAUCACAAAAACUGACAAAAGCAGAAGUGAAGACAGCUGCUGCAGCUAGAUUGGCUCAAAGAAAUAAGAGGAAGGCUGAAAAGGAGCCUGAGUCUGAGACUUCUAAAGAAUUGAAAAAAAAUGAAUUGAAGACACCAGAGGUGAAACCAAGAUCUCCUAAAAAGGGAAGUCCCUCUAAGAAACCAUUGGUCGGUUUGAGUUCAGAAUCUAAGAAAGUAGCAGGUACACUAAAGGACACAGACCCCAGUGAAGAGGAUACAAGUGUAAAGGGGAAGGAAAAGUUACAGAAGUUAUCGGAACCCACCAGCUUGUCAGAUGAAAGUCCGAAUGAAGAGAAGGAGGAUUGUCGUCAUAAAAGAAAACAGAGUCUGGAAGUAAAAGACGACACAAAUGUUAAGAAGAGGAGGAAACUUGCUUUCUUUGAGUAUGUUGUAGAGGAAAUAUCUCCAAAGAAAGAAAGAAAAGAAAAACAUGCGGAGCAAGUUGAAGACGAUGUGGAUGAAGAAAGUGCAGGAAGAAGGCGGAGCAAAAGAGGGUCCAUUCCAAACACGCUGUACCUGAAAAACUUUAUUGACCCCUCAAAGAGAACCCCAAAAGGUUCUAAAUCAAAACUCACCAAAAAAGGACUUUGGAAGAGUAAUGAAGUUGAGGCAAAACCAAGUAACAAGCAAGACAGAAUGGAGAUCAUAAAAUGGGAGGUAGAUGGCCCUGCAUUGACCUUUACACCAAAGGGUAAAACUAGUGCUGUGUUUCAGAAGUGCACCAGUAAGAAAGGAAAAGAAGGUAUUGAAGAGGGCGGGGUCUCUGGAGCCCCACCCACUGCCAGAGAAACCUUGCACCCUGACGCUCCACCCUCAGAGGAAAAGUCUGUCACCGAGGCUCCAAAAUCUACUACGCACUCUAAAGCUAUGGAGGAAACCAGCAGUGAAAGAGAUACAGAUAUGGAAAUUAAGGAAUUGCUUACCCAAAUGUCAAAGCAGAAAGAUAACUCAAUUGAUUUAGAGAUAACAAAAAUGUCUGUGGUAUAUAUCAAUAACGAAUCCAAUGUGGAUGCAGUAAAUGAAGAGAAAAUGGAAAAUGAGGAGUCAAACUCAAAGGAGGCUAAAGCUGAUGAUGAUUCAGCUGAUGUUGUAAUGGCGUGUCGUACAGAGACUUGUAUUGAAAUACAGGGAGUUACUGAGGAAGUGAAUGAAAUAGCUGGGGAGACAGGGGAGACAGUAGAGAUAGACAGUGUGAACAAGUGUGUGCAACUCAGAGAACGACCGGGUAGAAUCUGUAAACAGGAAGUGGAAGAGAUGGAGGAAGAUGAGAAAUUUCUUGCAGAAAUGGAAGAAAAAAGUAACAAGGCUGAGGUGGAAGACAAUAUUAAGAAGACUGCAGGUAGUACAGAGCUACAGGAAACCGUGUCAAUUCAGGUGAUCAGUCAAAAGGAGGGGAAGGUCCCUGUGCAGACGACAGACAUGUCUGUUCAAGCUGAUGAUUUUAGUGAUAGUGACAACCAGGGAGAAGCUUCGGUGGAUGAAAAUGAGAUAAACUCUGCUGAAAAACUGGCGCAGAGUGAGAAAUCUUCUGCAGACAACCAGAAGAACCCCACCAUCAUUACAAUGCCUGAUGGGAGAUCUUUGACGGUCACUUCCACUGACAAGGCAGCAUUCACUUUCAGGACCGUUUCUAAACCUACCAUCUCUAAACAAGCCCACAUCAGGAGAAUUACGCUUCCCUCGGGACCAUCAGAACUAAAGAUCAUAAACGCAAAUCCAGAGUUACUAAACAAGGUCAAGCCCACCCUUUUGUCCCCUGAAGGUGAUGUCAUCACUGAGGGGCCAGAGGCAAUUGUUCUGGAGGCGGCCCAGAAAUCUCAGGACAAUUGGAAUGCUGUGUACAAAUCCCAGGGGAUGGGCAACGACAACCAGGAAGUAAUCUUGGUGUCUCUACCGGAGGGACAGGAGGUUAAACAGAAGUUUCCCUUCAAGCCCAAGAAAAUAGAUGAUGUAGUUUUUGAGAUUAACGAGGAUGGAGAAUAUGUUUGCGGAGAAUGUAACUACAAGACAAGCAGAAAGAGUAACUGGUACAAACACCGCAAGAAGCACAUGGGUCAAAAGACUCACAAGUGUGAAUAUUGUAACUAUGUUGCUGCCACCAGCAGCAACCUGAAGCGGCACCAGAACAUUCACCUGGACGUGCGAGAGCACCAUUGCGACCAGUGUGGCCAAACAUUCCGACAGAAAAUACACCUGGAGCGGCACAUCAAGUACAAACAUGAGGAGAAGUCUGUGAAAUGUCCCCUAUGUGACUAUGUGUGUGCCAAUGAGAACCCGGACCUAAAGGUUCACAUCAAGAGGCGACACAUCCCCCAGGAAGAUGACGACACGAAGGAAGCGAAGAGCUACAGCUGUGAGGAGUGUGGGCUAAUGACAUACAGCAAGAAGGACAUGCGUCAACACAUGAAGUUCCACAAGAACGGGCCAGAGCUUAAGCUGUUCUGCGAGCAGUGUAGCUUUGUUACGGACUGCGAGAGUAGACUCAAGAGGCACGUUCUGAUCCAUUCCCAUGAGCGGCCUUACCAGUGCGGGCUGUGUGAUUACCGGGGAUCACAGAAAGAACACGUGUUACGGCACAUGAAGACCCAGCACCAGAUCUACGUUGAGAAGAGAAGUAAGCGAGGGCUGGAUGUGGAGGACUCAGACUCUAAAGACAGUUCCACAGCUGACAAACAGCACGAUAAAUCCGAUUACAGCAGCCAGGAGAAGAUCUUUGCCUGUAACCACUGUUCGAUGAAGUUCUCUAAGUUAAUAAAUCUGUACAAACAUUUACAUGGACAGCACAAGGAGGUCCUACCUCAAGACACGGAGGAGUUUUUAUGUGUAGUGUGCGAUUUCCGUACGUCCAGUAAAAAGAAUCUUCUAGUCCACAUGCGUAAACACAAUCUCCAGGACCAAGUUCCACCAUCCCAUGUUUACUCCUGUGUUCUCUGCCGCUACAUGAACCCUCGGAGACGAAACCUUUUCCAGCAUAUGAAAAAGAAGCAUGGCAUUGAAAUUGUGAUUCGUGAUGACGGGUCUACCAGUUGUUUUGUGACCGACAGUCUUCCCUCUAAUGAGGAUUCCAUAAAUAAUAUACUCACGGUUGGAGAUGUUGUCACAACAUCCUCAGAAGAAGCUCCUCAGCUCCAGAUUGUGACCGACGAUGCCAGUAACACACAGAAUAUCAUCAGUAUUGAGGACCUAGCUUACGCUGUGUCCCAUCCAAAGCCUAAUACUCGAUUGGUUAAAGAAACCACAGUAAAACCGAGGAUAGCUACGGUGGUGAAGGAACAUGAGGCAGCCGAGGCCAUAGAAGGUUUGCAGGCUCUGGCAGGGCAGCCAGGGAUCACUCAGUUUACCAUCGAGUCGCAGAAACAGGACAUUAUGGAGACCGAGGUCAUUACCAUGGAGAACCCAGUCGAGUUUGUGGAGGAAAAGGAAGCGGAGAAGGAAUCUGGGUAUCAGCUGACCACCGACCAGCUGAUGGGUCUGUCCACUGGAGACUUUGUGGAAAUUAAUGGAGAAAUGUACAAGGUGGAAAUCAGCACAGAAGAUGCUGGGAACUUGGUUUCAGCUGAUGUUCCCACAACAAGUAGUGUGCAGUCAGAGAUUGGCUUGUCGGUGACUGAGGCCCCGCAAACUGUCAACAACCAACUUGUGUUAGCAGAAGUCAAGAAUGAUCAUAUAGGGAGUUCCAUUGCAAGCGAUACUCAAACCUCUCUAGUCCAAACACAAACUUCCAAUAAUGAUUCUGCUCCGACCAUGAUAACAGACAACAGUCAUAGCAUAUCCCAGAUAGAUUCCUCAGUCACGGAUCUAAAGGAAACGAAUCAAGAUGGAUUAGUAGAAACAAAACCAGGUCCUAUAGAAAAGAUAGAGCCAACAGAAAAUGCUGAAGAGAUUCCAGAGGGUUAUACACAGGAAGCUAAAGCGGAUAAGGAACCCACAAACAAUGACCAAGACACUGUGACCACAACGAUAGAAGACGUCCUCAUGCAAGUACAAACCGGGGAAAACAUGGCCGCCAGUAAUAUUUCAUCAGAAGAACCUAUUGAAUCAGAGGGAGUCAUCACAUCCGAGAUUUUGGGUAUCCAGCAUAGUGAGCCAAUCCCUGCUCAGACAACUUUUUCUGCAGACGACCAGCAGCUUGUUGAGAAAAUGGAGGCAAUUGUCAGUGAAGAGAGUUCUGUCUCCCAGGAGAUUAUGGAAGUGGGGGAUAUAGCGGAGUUAGCGAACUCAGUCACAGCAACUCCUAGUGAUAAUAACAAUGCUGAUCAAAUAACUGAACCAGCCUAUUUACAACAAGAAGUCGACACCAAAAUCACCAUGGAUACAAGUGACUCUGAUGCUAUGGCAACAUCCAGUUAACAGAAAUAUUUGUUGAGAAUGUUUUUUAUGUAAACUUGCCCUGUAAACUGUUAUAUAUGAACCAUGUGUGUUAUUUUAAAAAUUUAAACUUUUUUGAAAACAUCUGAUUUUCUGCAUUACUACUUCCUUAUCUCUCAUUUUGAUAUUUUUACCUGACAUUGUAAUUAUUUGUUGUGUUAAAAAUGUUAUAUCAAGAUGAUAUGUAAAAUGCAAAGGCAAGUAAAAAAAUUACUGUAUCUUCCCCACUUCAGUUUUGAUAAAAUUCUCCUUGCAAGUUAAAUUGUGAACUAUCAUUUAAUAUGAAUAUGUAUUAAAGCUUACAGAGUAUGCAUUCUGAAAUAUUGUUUCCAUUAAUUACUUGCUCAGAUGUCAUCUCCCAAGUGCAUACUGAUUUGCUUUCUCACCCUUUAAAGCAAUAUGAGCUGUAUUUUUUAGAAUUUUAUUUUGCUGUAAAAAGCUGCUAGUAUAUGCCAAGUCUGCAUGUUACUUAUACUUUUAUGAUAAAUAACGGAAAAAAUCAUUAAUUUUUGUCAGAGGAUAGAUUUUUCUUCUAAGGAACAUAUAGCAAAUCAAUUUUUGUACAGGACGACAAUAAUUCAAUUUCACUCUAAUUAAGGAUCCUUAAUGGCCCUUACACAAAAAUUUGGCGAAAAGAAAUUUAACCACGAUAUUUUUGUCAUUUUAGUAGAAAAUAACAUUUUCGUUAAAAAAAAAUUCAUCAUGAAAAUUGCAGCUCAUAUUGCUUUAAGAAAGUUUUGAAUUGUCUGGUGGGACUAUUAAUCCUUAUCACCUAGUAUGUACACACAUUAUGCUUGUUUCAUAGACACUACAAUGCCUCUGUAUUUGUUCUUGUAUUAUCCAUUGAAAGUUUGUUAUUCCAAUAAAUAUUUUAUUUUC